CAUUUUGCGGAGGUGGACUAAAUCAGCAAAAGCUAUGAGAGUUGAAGAUGACUUGGGUGGGUCCGUCAAAGAAAUAUGCGACACUUCUUUGUUAGAGAGGCGAAAUAAUCUCUUCCAACUUGCUUCUAACGUAAUUGAUGACGCCGUAUUAACUGAAGAUGGAACUCAAAUUUUGGAAGAAGCUUUGUGUUCGGUUCAAAAGAAGUUAUGUUCCAUGAAUUUUGGAAGCGAAGAUGGCAAAGCAAGUGCUAUCCAAGUGUCUAUUCCUCAUGAACAAAGUUUCAAAGAACCGCUUAAAGUUAGGGCAAAGGGUUGUGGUAAGAGAUUGAAGGGAGGAAAAGAGAAGGCGGUCAAGAAGAGUAGGCAUUGUAACGGUUGUGGGUUAACCGGACAGUCGCAUGACAAAAGGAACUGUCCAAAACUUCAAAACAUAUCUUCUCAAGAUAUUAGGUUGAAUGAUGACGACGACGACGACGACAUGGACUUUGUCGAUGAUUGUAAGUGUUCAUUUAAAUUAAUUCUUUAGUUGUUUGAAUUGUAAUUCUUGUCUUUUGUUUCUUGUAUUGAUAUUAUUAUCUAUUCGUGUUUCAAGAUGGGAGAAUUGAGCCUGCUAGAAUAGUAUUUUGGUUUUGCUGAUUGUUAGGAGUAUGAUCAAAAUGGAGUCUUAUUUUGGAGAAACUUGCUAGAUGGAAAUGCAAUAUUUAUGGCGGGUUUUGAUCAUCAAUGUAACUUGGGAGAGACUUGUAUUUUUGGUGUAACUUUGGCUUCUUCUUUUUUUUUUUUUGUGAAACUGCAUUCAUGAGUAUUAGCUUUCGUCACUGGGUUCUUUUGUCAUUUGAUUCCGGGUUUGUAACUGUAGCUUUCGUCAUUGAGGUUUUUUUUUUCCUGUAACUGGAUACUUGUGCUACUGGACUUGUUUUAUGGAAUGAGAACAUGGGAAAAACCCAAAAUGU